AACAUGAAAUUCGGUCGCAGAAAAAUAUGUUUCUUUAUUGUUUUACUGUAUGUGGCAUUUUCAUUGUAUGCUGCGUAUAACGUCUUUUUCAGUCCGAAAGCUAUCUCCAGAGUGCAUAGAGUGGUGAAAAAAGUCACAGCUGCCGACAGCGCGAAGGGUGUGGCGCGGGAGCACGGGAAUUCUCUGGCCCCCGCCGAGGCGGAAGGGUGGAAUCCCUGGGAGGAGGACGAGCGGGCCGAGUCUCUGUCCCGGCAAAGAUGGAGGGACAGGUUCAGAGAAUACCAGGACCACAUUGCCAAGAGCAGGCCCAAGAGAUACAAAGUGCAGAUCUGGGGCAAAGCCGCCAUAGGUCUCUAUUUGUGGGAGCAUAUUCUGGAGGGACCCCUGAGCCCCUCUGACCCAACAGCACAAUGGAGAGAGGGGGAGGUGCAGUCAGGGAAGAUCACUUUCAGCUUCUACACGGGCCCGGCGGUGAUCCAGGGACACGUCCCGCUGGACACGGACAGCGUGGUGCUGGUGCUGAACGGCCGCGAGGAGAGGAAGGUCUCCUACGCCACCCAGUGGCUGCUGCACGCGCAGGCACUGGUGCAGGCCGGCUCCGUCUCCCGGGCCGCCGUGCUGCUGCUGGGAAACGAGCGCUGCGCCAACGACUGGCUCCGCCCCUUCCUGAAGCGGCACGGCGGAUUCGUCGACCCGCUCUUCCUGGUGUACGACAGCCCCUGGGUCAACGACCAGGACGUCUACCAGUGGCCCCUGGGGGUGGCGACGUACAGGCAGUUUCCUGUGGUCACUCCUAAUGCAGAGAUGGUGAACUCCGCCCGACCCUACCUGUGCAACUUCCUGGGAACCGUAUACAAGAACUCCUCCCGGGAGACGCUGAUGAGGGUCCUGAAGCAAGAGGGCCUCGAGAGAGAGUGCCUGACUACUGCCCGAGAAAAGUGGGUUCCUCAGGAGAGCCAGGACAGCCUGCAGCAGUACCAGUCGGCGCUGGCGCAAAGCGACCUCACCCUCUGCCCGGUGGGCGUCAACACCGAGUGCUACCGGAUCUACGAGGCCUGCUCGUACGGCUCGGUGCCGGUGGUGGAGGACGUGCCGACGCCGGGUGGGUGCCGGGCCGGCCGCGGGUCGCCCCUCCGCCUGCUGAAAGCCGCGGGGGCUCCCUUCAUCUUCCUGCAGGACUGGAGGGAGCUCCCCGCCCUGCUCGAGAGGGAGAGGAGGAUGAGCCAGCAGGAGAAGGCGGAGAGGAGGCGCAGGCUGAUGGAGUGGUACAGCGGCUUCCGCCAGCAGAUGAGACACCGCUUCACCCAGGCCGUGGAGGAGGCGUUCUUCAGGACCGGCUGAGGACGGCAGGCUGCUGGGCACAGAAUCACUGCACCGGCCGCCUGCAGAGCUCCUAACGUCAGCGUGCAAACGACUGUGGAUGGGCAGGGAGCAGAAACCAGCCCUCACGGGUGGCGAUCUGCUGCUUGGUGACUGUGCCGUGAGGCAUAUGGUCAGGGGUCUUUUACAGGCCUGUUAAUAGGAUUUUUCCUCUCCAGUGAUACGUGUUCACACUGGAACAGUGGUGUUAGCCAUGUUAGCCCACUUGUGUUCAUGGCAUUUCAUUGCAAUCUCAGUCUGCAGCAGUGGCAGGGGCAUGGGGAGAAAGGAGCAUCUUAAUUCAGUAUCCUGACAUUUUUUAGUGUUCUCAGUCUUUGGGUCAACUAGCUGCAGCCUGCCGUUUUUAGCUGUUGGUACAAGCUAAGCUCUGGUUUAUAAAAUCAGCAGUUUGUAUGGUGUCGGUAGCUCAGUGAAUGAAUAGUUAGCACUGGUUUCACAGUGUGUGUUUUCUUCAUACAUGUGGUGUUUAUUUUAAUGUAAAUAAAACAUAUUUAAGGCUUAUGGUUCUGGAAAUCCAUGUUAAAGGUUUUUUAUCAGCAUUAUUUAGAUAAC